AUGUUCGCCUCUUCCCUUCGCUCUGCCUGCUGUCGUGGCCCCGUGGUGGCUCGCAGCUUCAGCUCUACCGCCGCUACGAGCGCUGCCGAGGUCAAAUCGCUAGGUGUGAUCGGGGCCGGUCAAAUGGGCCUUGGAAUUGCUCUUGUUGCUGCACAGAAGGCCCAAAUUCCUGUCACUCUGGUCGACAGCAACCAGGCCUCCCUGGAUAAGGGUCUAAAGUUUGCCGACAAGCUCCUCGAGAAAGAUGUCGCCAAGCAACGUCUUACCCGAGAGGCCGCCGACGCGGCCCGAGCCGUACCCGAGAUAAUCGAUCUCAAGCAGAAGAUUUUUAGCAAUCUCGCUCAGAUUGCACCCAAGCAUGCCAUCCUGGCGACUAACACCUCGCUCCAUCUCGGGGUGAUCUCGACCCACUUUAUGAACCCUGUCCCUGUUCAGAAGGGUGUCGAGAUCAUCCGGGGUCUGCAGACCUCCCAGGAGACCAUGGAUACUGCUAUUGCCUUUGUCCAGCGCAUGGGCAAGGUGGCCUCGGUCUCUGCUGACUCGCCUGGAUUUUUGGCCAAUCGUAUUCUCAUGCCGUAUAUUAACGAGUCAAUCAUCUGUCUGGAGACUGGUGUCGGUCGUCGCGAAGAUAUUGAUAAUAUCAUGAAGACUGGCACCAACGUUCCCAUGGGUCCUCUGGUCUUGGCGGAUUUCAUUGGUUUGGAUACUUGCUUGUCCAUUAUGAAUGUUCUCCACCAGGAGACCGGUGACAGCAAGUACCGUCCUGCCGGUCUGCUGCGUCGGAUGGUAGAUGCUGGUUGGUUGGGUAAGAAGUCGGGCAAGGGCUUCUACGACUACUGA